AGGGGAAGCCUGCUAUAGAUGUGCCAGUCGGGUUUGGUCCGCCACCGCAUACCUAGAGUGCUCGUCUUGCUCCCAUCUCUGCCACACGGAUGUUAAACUCACACUGACGGACAUCUUAGGUGCAUGAAGCGUGUCAGUGCAACCCCGUCACUGUAAUCUGAGGUGCCUGGAGGCCGCUACGGGAGGUGAGGCUGUACCGGUAACAAGCAAGAGGCGGAAUGACCAUCAGAGUGAGGGGCCUGUGGCUGACCUGGGUACUUCUGAUCUGUGCAGACAGAUCCCCGGGCUCCCUGGUGGCGGAGUUCGACCAGAAGGGCUUGAGGGGCCAAGUUGGGUUUCUGGAGGCGCCUGACGGCAAGAUGGUGGUAGCGGCGAGCCUGAAGGGGACGAUGAAGGGAGAGGCGUUCGUGUGGAAGGUGUACACCACGCCUGUGCUACCCUACGAGGCGUGCGCUCCGGACAACUACGGCGCAGUGCUGUUGGACCUCAGCAGCGCCCACGGCCUACUCGAGGGAGAGAGCGUGGUUGUCGUUGGUCAUCUUGAACUGUGGCGCCUUCUUGACCGGCCUCUGGUGCUCAAGUCACUCUCAACGCUGCGAGUGGUGUGCGCCGCCCUUACUCCCGCUGCGCCCGCUCCUGCGACAACUUACGUGGCGCACUUCGUCGCGGGCUUCGCUGGCAGGAUGCUCUUCAGGCAGGUGGAGUUGCAGCGCGUUCCAGUGACGGGAGUGCGUGUGAGCCUCGCCGCCGUCAGUCCCGGAGUGUCGGCCGCUACCCUCGCCUGGAGUAUCUUCGCCAGAAAGCACGAAGCAGACGAGGAGUCGCUGGGCCACAUGAGGGACGCGUGUGCCUCCCUGGGCCCCUUCCCCGGGUCUAUGGUGCACGAGGCCCUGGAGCCCAUCCCACGGGGUCAGGGCGGGGGGCGGGGCAGACGGCAUUACCAACUGGAGCGGCUACCGGACCUCAACGCGCUGAUCCGCAAAGGGGCGCUGUACGUGGUGCUGUACGACGGGGAGCGGGUGGCGGCGUGCUCCAGGCUGACGCGUCCAGCACCGCGCCGCGCCACCGCUGUCUUCACGCCUCGGAUGGAGGUGGACGCCGGUGGAGGUGUGGCCGGCCAGGUGGAGAUGUACCAGGUCUCUCCCCUCGACCCCGUGAAGCUGACCGUCAACCUCACCGUGCCACAUGGGAACGCCGCCGCCUUCGGGAUAGACAACUUCUCGUCUGGCGGAUUCUUCUGCUCUGGGCUUUCCCGUCGCUUCUAUGAACCGUGGAGUGUUGACUUGGACCUAACACCCGUGCCACGCCAGGGGACCAAGGACCUGUAUCCAGCAGGAGACCUUAGCGGCAAAUUUGGAACACUUCAUGGGCUGAAACUUGCCGUGGCUACUCUGCUGGACCCAACCAUUACACUCUUUGGGCAGCACAGCGUUCUUGGUCAUGCUGUUGCUGUGUACGACGCUGGAUGGCGCGUGCUGGGGUGUGCUGAGCUGCGGACCAGAGGGCGGGCUGUGCAGGCCGUGGCGCACUUCACCGGCAACAUAACGGGGGAGGUGCGCCUCACUCAGCUGGCGGACUCACUCUUUGCCGAGACCACAGUCUACCUCCGUCUCCGCCACACAGAGGGGCAGGACACCAUCGGUCAUCCCUGGCAAGUGCAUGAAGAAGCUGCGAUCAGUGGUAGCGAUUGUACCUAUGUUGGUGCAAGCUUUGAUCCAUUCGCCAUCGGACUUGCCGAGAGAGAUGCUGUUAACAGAGAACCCUCCCACGCAGCCUUCAGGGUGGGGGACCUUCAGGGGAAGCAUGGACGCCUGGACAUCCCGGGACGCUGGACCAUACGAGAGGAUUCAAGUUCCAUUCAGUACCAAUGGACCGACGAAUGGCUGCCACUGACCGGGCCUAAGUGGGCAUCUGUGGUGGGCAGGGCUCUGGUUCUGCAUCACCCCCGAGCCCAGGCGUCCGCUGUCUCCUGUGCUAACAUUCGCCUGGAGAAGAAUAUGGAACUGCCAUCUGCGUGAGGAACUGUGUGUUUCCUGCAAUGUCCCUUUGGUUGGUGUAAUAGACACUCGCUUCUCACAUUAACAAUUUCUAAAGGUCAAAGAGUGGGUCAGUUGGGUUCUAGUGAGUGUUUCUUGAGGUUCAUGGUACAGAGGAAGGGUCACACUACCACCAGGGUCAUAAAACUACCCCUGGAAAUGCCCACAACUCCUACGAAAGCCUUGUCAAAUAGGUGUUCUU